CCGUUAUUACACAGCGAUUUUGUUUCAGGGGGUGGCGUGUUCGUCGCCGCUCAAGUGUAUUUUUUUUUCUUCUCCCCCUCCCUGCUUGGUGUUUUCUGUACUGGGAUGGCGAAAGAUCCGGACAAGAUUGGAGGCCUUUACCCUUAACAGGACUGACUGAUAGGGAGUCACUGACGCCGAAACAGCCCGUGGGAAAGGAGAGGCAAACAGACAAGAUGAUGGAGGCCACUGUGCUCAGUGGGAGCUCCAAAGCAGCAGACAUUUUUCUGCACCCUUCGCCAUGUGUAUGACCUGAGACAAGUCCAAGGUCUACAGACGAUUCAUUUAACUUCACGCUUAGAUUUUGGGCCGACAUCAUGGGACACGGAGUGGACUAAACUGGAAAAUCAAAUAACACACGCUAACUGUUUCCCACUGUGGUGUAGGACAUGGCCACAGCCUCGCUCAGAGCAGAGUCAAGCCCUAACUACAGAGGAACAUCACAGCUCCAUGCAGUUGUUUCCUGUGCCAAAAUCAAGAGGAAGAAAAGCUUAUUUGGAGUUGCCAUUUACGUGGAGGUGACAGCAGAGGGGGAGUCGCAUCGCACAGCGAAGUCCCACAGCUCAUCUAGUCCUAAAUGGGAUGAAAGGCUUACUCUGAAUGUAACACCACGCAGCCAGGUGGACUUCAAAGUAUGGAGUCACCACACCUUGAAAGCCGACGCCCUGCUAGGCAAAGCCUCGCUGGACCUGAUAGAAACCUUGGAGCAGCAUGAAAGAAAAUUGGAGAAUGUGAAGGAGGUGCUGAAGCUGAGUGUGGAGCACAAGGGCAUUUUGGUGCCUGCGGGGGAGCUGACGGUCUACCUGGAUGGUCUUACUGUGAGCGAUCAUGAGGAACUGGCACCAUUAACCAAUGGGAAUACAGCAAAUGGCACGAAAGUCCAGCAGAAUGGCGACGCCUUCCACGAAAAUGCAGAAUCCUCUUCCUCUUCAUCAAGGGCUGCCAACAGCACAGUGAAUGGGACAGACCUGGGCCCGCGCUCAGCUUCCUGUUCAGCCUCGAAUGGAUUGAAUAGUCAGGUGCCUUCCAGUUCCUGUAGCCCGGCCCUCGGUCACAUCAUCAAUGGCGAUGUCACUCCCAACUCCACACCGAGCCACCAACCCUCAGAUAGUGAUACGGAGAGUAGGACUCGUGAUGCGUUGCCUCAAGCAGAAAACGAUGAAGACUGUGCUCCAGAUGCUCUUCUCCCAGAGUCCGAUACAGCUCCAAAUGAGACUGCUCAGCCGCCACCAACACAGGCUCCAACCUUGUCUUCUGCUGCCAAGCCGAAUGACGGUGUUGUUGCCGCUGAUGCCGCCGCUACUGCUGCCUCUUCCGCGUGCACUUCCUCAGCACACGGUGCUACCGCCAUCCCGACGUCCUCAUCAUCAGUGUCCGCCUCCCCAACACCGGGAGAAACAAAUGCGUCAGCUGAGAGUGGGAGCAGUAGCAGCGCUGCAACAGUAACUACCGAUGGGGCCAAACCCAGACAACAGGCCCCUGCAGCUGGGGCCCCAGAUCCUCUUCCACCGGGGUGGGAGCAGAGAAAAGACCCUCAUGGAAGAACAUAUUACGUAGACCACAACACAAGAACUACGACCUGGGAAAGACCACAACCACUUCCACCGGGAUGGGAGCGCCGUGUCGAUGACCGAGGCAGGAUCUAUUACGUGGACCAUAACACCCGAACCACCACGUGGCAGCGUCCCACAAUGGAGUCAGUACGGAAUUUUGAGCAGUGGCAGAGUCAGCGCAGCCAGCUGCAGGGAGCUAUGCACCAGUUUAACCAGAGAUACCUCUACUCUGCAUCCAUGAUGUCUGCUGAGAACGAUCCACUAGGCCCACUACCUCCUGGUUGGGAGAGGCGUGUGGACUCCAAUGACAGAGUAUACUUUGUCAACCACAACACCAAGACAACACAGUGGGAGGACCCCCGAACCCAAGGGCUACAGAAUGAGGACCCUCUCCCUGAGGGUUGGGAGAUCCGCUACACAAGGGAAGGUGUUCGAUACUUUGUCGAUCAUAACACCAGAACGACGACAUUUAGCGACCCCCGCACUGGAAAGUCCUCUGUCACCAAAGGUCCACAAAUUGCAUACGAGCGCAGCUUCCGGUGGAAACUUGCCCAUUUUCGCUACCUGUGCCAGUCAAAUGCCCUCCCGAGCCAUGUGAAGAUCACCGUCUCCAGACAGACGUUGUUUGAAGACUCAUUCCAGCAGAUUAUGGCCCUGAAACCUUACGACUUGAGGCGGAGACUUUACGUCAUUUUCCGAGGCGAGGAGGGUCUUGAUUAUGGCGGCUUAGCCCGGGAGUGGUUCUUCUUGUUGUCGCAUGAGGUGCUGAACCCCAUGUACUGUCUGUUUGAGUACGCCGGCAAGAGCAACUACUGCCUGCAGAUCAACCCAGCUUCUGCAAUCAACCCGGACCACCUCUCAUAUUUCUGCUUCAUCGGCAGAUUUAUUGCAAUGGCACUUUUUCAUGGAAAGUUCAUCGACACGGGCUUCUCCCUGCCUUUCUACAAACGAAUGCUCAAUAAGAAGCUCAUCCUCAAAGAUUUAGAAUCCAUCGACCCAGAGUUCUAUAACUCGCUUAUAUGGAUCAGGGACAACAACAUUGAGGAGUGUGGUCUGGAGAUGUAUUUCUCAGUGGACAUGGAGAUCUUGGGCAAAAUCACAUCCCAUGACCUCAAACCUGAUGGCACCAAUGUCCUUGUCACUGAGGAGAACAAGGAGGAGUACAUCAGUUUAAUGGCAGAGUGGAGGUUCUCCCGUGGAGUUGAAGGUCAAACCAAAGCUUUCCUGGAUGGGUUUAAUGAGGUGGUUCCACUUCAGUGGCUCCAAUAUUUUGAUGAAAAGGAGCUGGAGGUGAUGCUAUGUGGCAUGCAAGAGGUGGACUUACAGGACUGGCAGAGGAACACGGUGUAUCGCCACUAUACCAGGAACAGUAAACAGAUCAUCUGGUUCUGGCAGCUUGUGAAAGAAGUAGACAACGAAGUGCGUCUGCGCCUCAUGCAGUUUGUCACUGGAACCUGCAGGCUUCCCCUGGGCGGCUUCGCUGAGCUCAUGGGAAGUAACGGGCCUCAGAAGUUCUGCAUUGAGAAGGUUGGCAAGGAAACAUGGCUUCCCAGGAGCCACACAUGCUUCAACCGUCUGGACUUGCCCCCUUACAAAAGCUUCGAGCAGCUCAAAGAGAAACUCCUCUUUGCCAUCGAGGAAACAGAAGGAUUCGGACAAGAAUAGACAAAGCGCACCUCCCACGGUUUCCUCCUCCGCCCUCCUCAUCACUGAUUGUUUGACCGAAAUCAAUCAAGUAAUUGCACAAGAUAACCACCGAUGUAUAUAAGCUAUUUUUCAGUUUUAACCAAAUCUUAAUUUGCAGCAUUAUUCUUGCCGCAGUCUUGUUUUACCAGACCUUUAAUAUAUGGAACUCCCAACAAGAAAUAUGCAAGCCACCCUAGCUUUUUGAUCUUGUUUAAAAAUGCAGAAAACACGGAUAUUUUCAAGAUGAAACCCCCUUAAAGCUUUCAAGAAAAGACUGCGUUUUGGGACAUGAUUUAUUGUGAAGCUCUAGUUCUAUAGAGCUUUUAAGUAGUAGUAGUAGUCUGGUGCCUGAUAUCACUUAAACCAACCAUCACUCAUAAUUCAUUAAACUGCAGAUUUAACAAAAAAUGUAAAACACCUGUAAAAUGUUUGUGCUUUAAAAAAUGGCCUGUACCAUUCAGUGAACAAAUUAAAAUAUAAUGUUGGUGGAUUCAGUUAAAAGUAAUUUGGUUGCACCCUUGAAACUACGGUACAUUAACAAACAGAGCAGAUUAGCUGAUAGUGUUCAGCACAGUGGCCUUGUGGUGGGGUUCUGGGUUUGAAUCUCAACUAAGCCCCCCCUCCCAUGGGGAGUUCUGUGCUUGUCUGCCAUUAAUUUUUCAUUCAAAUUGUACAGGAUGUUUUAUUUUGAUUUGCUAACUAAAUAUUAUUCAGGAGAGUGAUGUAAGGUUUUUUGGGGGGGUUUUGGGCACUCUACCUUUGUUCCCCCCUGAAUGGCUACCUCCAACUGCUGAGGCGAACUGCCAUCACAUCACACACACACACUUGGCCUCAUGUUGAAUACAAUAGAAAGUACCCAUGAAAAACGCUCACUUUCUGGUGACUUAUUGAAAGUGUUGCAGGUCCACGAUGACAUGUUCCUGCCCGCCUCGGCUGCAGUGAGGCGGGAUGACAUGCUGAGUCAUCACUGGGUUAGAACAGAGGUUUUGAAACUUUUUUUUUUCUCCAAGGUUCCGGCGACAAGGUGCUCUAAAUUAUUUCAUUAACUAAAAAAGAUGCAGCACUAAAAAAACAUAACAUUUCAAGUCCAAACGUGUACACAUGGAGCACAGACCUUUUCAUACCACAAGCAUUAAGUGGGUAUUUGUUAAGGUUCUCAUGGGGAAUCUAAUCUACAUGCUGUGAGUGUGCUUUUGGGCCAGGCUUCAAGCCGUAAAUUCUUUUCCUGGCCUCACUUCGAACCCCUUCCCCAUACGUUUUAUUUUUAUGCGUCAUUUAGUACCCCACGAUGCAAAGAAAACAGUCCAAUUGGCUCAAAAGUGACAUAUGAACUUUGCAAUUUGUCGGCAGCCGUGCCCAAAAUCCAUUCGCUUCCCAAAAUUCCACCGCUUGUCCUCACUUCACUUUGAAAAAUACAGGUGCUUUUUUUGUUGGGUGGUCUAAAUUAAGACUGAAAUUUAUGUUGGAUCAAGAUGCUUUUAGUUUUUUUUUUUUUUUUUUUUUUUUAAAGUUGUUUAUCCCAGCUCUAGCUUGCGCUGGAAAGGAUGGAUAAUAUUACGGAGGAAACGUAUUGUAUUGUAGCAAAAGGAGCCGACUUUGAAAACUGUGCUUCCUUUUUCGAUCGCAGACUUGUAAUCGAAGCGAAUCCGAAACUGUGUAUGUGAAUACUCAUUGUACAAAGAUAAUGACAGAUAGCAUACUUAGAUAUUAUUAUAAAUCACAGGGCCGCCAUUCCAGUGUUGGGAAUUCUGUGAUGCCUUUUGUUUCAUAUCAGAAAUAGACCGGGAGCGUUUCAGGCGGCCUUCAAGGCAGGAAGCGCUAAGCGUGCCAGCUGCAGCGUAGGCCGUCUGAAAGGCAACCCGACUGUAACAUAUCGCGUGUAGAUACACACUGUAAACAACUACUACACUGUACAGAAUGGCCCUUUACCGGUGUAUAGAGGAUUCAUUUUUAAAUCAGCUUUCAGCCAUUUGAAAUGGAGAGAUGGAUUUAUGAGAUACAAAUAAAUACGUGACUGACUCCC